UGUUUUGACCACGCCUUCUUCACAUGAUAGUCACAAAUCUACUUCAUCAUUCUCUCUCUCUCCUAGCUAUUAUUUCAUUUCAUUUAUUUCAAAAUGCUGCAAGAGCAAAGAGAAGUUCCUUCCUCACCUCCCCUAGUCUCCUCUGUGGCCAGUGCUAGCACCACCAGCUCAGUUAUGAGUGACAUGUCGUCACUUCAUCACAAAAAUAAAAUUGGUUUGAUCCAGGAUUACUUUGACGAAGCAAAGAAGUUUGUAGGUAAAGCCUUGGAGUCUGAUGAAAAAGGAGAAAGACUGCCAGCUCUUGAAUUAUACAAUAAAGCAUUGAAGUCAGCUCAGUCUGGACUGGUCAUUAUACAAGAGAGCCGUGAGGUAACAUCAGCCAUGAAAGAAAUAAAGAAGAAAUUGGAAAAGUUAAAGGGUCAGGUUAAAAGUAGAAUGGAGUCAUUGCUUGAGAAGGAAGAAGAGAAACAAUUGUCAAGAUCCUUACCAAAGACUCAAACUCAUACUUCCAGACCUACAGACUCAGUUUCAAGCAGUAUGGGAAUGAAAUCAGUGUCAGGAGGAGGAAGGAAUAAUAAAGAUACUUUGGGCGGAGCUGAGGCUGAAAUUGUAUUCUCGUCCAGUUCAGGUUGUAAGGUUAUCCGUGUUAAUGAAAGUGGGUGUGUCUUAAACUGUACGCCUUCAGAAGCUAUGCACAUCUUUCGAUAUAAAGAGCAUAUACCAGGUCAGCCUCCAGCGUUUAUCCAAUGUGGUGACUUUGUAUACCCACUGGUGCCCGGUCAAUCACCUGUACUUAGGAGCAGCCAGUUUGCUUAUGUCUUCCCUGACAUUGAGAAUAACGGACACACUGUUGGUAUUGUGUUCAGCGGAGGAUUGACCAAGAAUGAGAUAAGGGAACUGAAUCAGACUUUGAAAGUGUUGAGUGACUUUAAAGUUUCUGAAUCAUCAGGAGCAGCUGCUGGGGACUCAAAACCUGAACUAGAAGACACGCCCACUUGGGGUGGAUCAAUAUCAGAAAAAAUAGAAUCUGGUGUUAGUUGGGUAUCUGGUGUCAUUAGCACUGGCACAAAUAAAGCUGGUGAACUACUAAACAAGGGUGGGGACAAACUGAGGGAUAAUAUUGAGCCGAGGGAGCAGCCUGUGGAAAUACCUCAAUCAGUUGAAAAAGGAGCAUACUAUGCUAGAAGAGCAACUGGUGCUGUUGUUGGGGUGAGUGAUUUCUUGAUGGUUACACUGGCCAAAGGAACUGUUGCUGUGGGGAAGAAGAUUGGAUCCGCUGUUGCUGAUUCUGAUAUGGUGAAGGGUAGAGAGAUCAAUCCUCAUGCUAAGGAAGCUUGGAAAGUAACCAAAUCAACUGCUAAAGGAGCUGGUAAAGUGUUCACAGAUCUUGAGCAAGGAGCCAAAGCAAUCAUCAAAGGAGCUGGAACAGAGACUAGUAAAACAGUUGGACACAAAUAUGGUGAUCAGGCUGGUCGUGUCAGUGAUGAUGGUUUAGCUGCAGCUGGUAAUACAGUAGAUCUUGUCUCUACUUAUUGGAGCUGGAAGACAUGGGGCAUACGUUUCCUUGGUAAAGUUGGUAAAGUUAUAUCAACUCAGGAAGAAGAGAAAGAGAGAGAAGUAUCUCAUCAUCAAUAUGAUUCAGGAGCAGAAGAGCAACAACAGGUUACAAGUAGGACACUUGAUCCUGUUAGUAGUACAAGCACUUCAACUCCUCCUCUGUCUGUAAAUAAACAUAAAAACAAGCCAAUAAAAGAAGUACUCUAUUCAUGAAUUAUUGUAUUACUUUAUCCUUUUACAGAGCUAUACC